UGGUCUGCCUCUUUCCUUUGUGUGGCGGCCAUCAUUGCUUCUAGCCGUAAGCUGGCCUUUUAGUUUUCGAGAUGGUUACCGUUGGAGGUUCCAAGUACAGUGAAUUCAUGCACAAGGCGGAAGACUUAGCCGAUCAAAUUCUUCGCAACGGCAAGCAUGUUUUGCCACACGUCGCGCGAUUUUGUCUGAUUUCGACGUUCUUCGAGGAUGGAAUUCGAAUGUGGUUUCAAUGGGGGGAACAGCGCGACUAUAUCGACCAAACGUGGCACUGUGGGACAGUUCUAAGUGUGCUUUUUGUGAUCUACAACCUUUUGGCUCAGUUAGGAGGCUGCCUUAUGAUUCUUAGUCGUCAGAAAGUUGACUACGCCGUGGGAAUACUCGCAUCAGUUGUUCUGCUUCAGACUAUUGGAUAUAGCAUUUUGUGGGAUUUCAAGUUCUUGUUGAGGAACCUUGCGUUAUGUGGGGGCCUUCUCUUAAUCUUAGCUGACUCCCGUUCAGAGCAGAAGAGCCUCUUUGCGGGCGUCCCGAGUGUGGGGGGUAACACCCCAAAGACCUACCUUCAGCUGACUGGCCGCGUGCUUCUCGUCUUCAUGUUUGCCACCCUGAUUAGGUUUCAGCUGUCUUUCUCAUAUCUGUUGCUGGACAUUGCAGGGACCAUUCUGAUGGUCCUCGUUGCCAUUGGUUACAAGACAAAGCUUGCGUCGCUGGUGCUUGUCAUUUUGUUGUCUGUUCUGAAUAUAGUGCUGAACCCCUUCUGGGUUUUCGAUUCCAAUUCUCCAAUGCGUGAUUUCCUCAAGUAUGAUUUCUUCCAAACCAUGUCUGUUAUUGGCGGCUUGCUUCUGGUUGUGGCACUUGGGCCAGGAGGUGUCAGUGUUGAUGAUUACAAGAAGAAGUGGUAGAUGGCGAACUGUGAACUAGGCCUUCAAAUUCUUAUACCAACCAGUGAUUAAAGACCAGUUUACAAUUGAUGUUAAAGUAAAUCAUACCUAUUGCAUAUGUACCCAUACUGUGGAGCUUUCAAAAGAAGUGUAUUUUCAUAGGGGGUGUUCCUAUUGUAUGGGAUUUGUCACAGGGAGAAAUCAAAGCAUUGUAUAGUUCUCCCAGACUGAAUUAUUUUAUAAAAGCUUAGAAGCAAGGUUUCUGUAUUAGCAUGUGAAGUUAAUAAUUACAUAGGUGAAUCACCUUGUUUGAGGGGAGUCUCUUUCAUCAUUGUGAAUAAAGAGUGAAUUCAA